GAAGUUUGAAGUCAUGGCCAAAAACCCGAAACUUUACUACUUUGAUGGAAGAGGCAAGAUGGAGUCAAUUCGCUGGUUGUUAGCUGCAGCUGGGGUCGAGUUUGAAGAAGAGUUUUUGGAAACCCGAGAGCAGUAUGAGAAGCUCCUGCAAGGUGGAUCCCUGCUAUUUCAACAAGUGCCCAUGGUGGAGAUCGAUGGGAUGAAGAUGGUGCAGACUAAAGCCAUCCUCAGCUAUAUAGCAGCAAAGUACAACCUCUACGGGAAGGACCUGAAGGAGAGAGCCCUGAUUGAUAUGUAUGUUGGAGGAACUGAUGACCUUAUGGGCUUCAUUUUGAUGUUCCCAUUCUUAUCGGCUGAGGAUAAAGAGAAACAACGUGCUGUUAUAAUUCAAAAGGCGACAAGCAGGUAUUUCCCAGCAUAUGAAAAGGUAU